UACAAAUAAUGUCCACUUUCACUUUCACAUUCUCUUGUGUUUUGGUGAUUCACAUUAUUUGUGCAUAUUGCCCCCUACUGGGCAGGAAGAAGAAUUUAUAGUAUAAAGGACUUAAAUAUUGAUCUGUUUCUCACUCACACCUACAAUAUCACUUCUGAAGAUAUGGAUAAAACCACUGGAGUCUUAUGGAUUACUUUUAUGCUUUUAUGUGCUUUUUGGUCCUUCAAAAUUUUGGUCACCAUUUGAGGGUGAGUAAAUGAUGAGAGGAUUUUCAUUUUUGGGUGAACUAUCAUCACUUUAAGAGGUCAAUGCUUUGUGUUAUAUCUGUUGCUUCACCAGCAGAGAGAGCACUCUUUGUAACAAUCAUUGCAAAAAGUAAAACAAGGGUGAGAGAAAGGAAGUGUAUUUGUGUCUGUCAGUCAAAAAGAGAGAGUGAAAGAAAGAGAAGUACAAAGGGAUGGCAAAAUACAAGCUUAAACGGAGGCAGAUGUGUGGAAGACAUCAAUUCAGUAUUUUUCUUCUAUUCAUCUACAUCUCAAAUGUGUUCUGUGCUGAUGCAGGUGUCACAACAUACACUUCAUAUCAGGGAGGAAGUGUUGAUAUCAGAUGCCCCUAUGAGCCCAAAUAUGAAAGUAACAUAAAGUACCUCUGCAGAGGAAAAUGCUCCACUCUGCGUAUUGUUUCAGAAAAGGAUAUACCCAUUACAUCUGGAAUGUCUGCUAGAGAUCAGAGAUUCUCUUUGAAUGUCGACACCAGAGCCAAAAUCUUCACUGUCACUAUAACAGAUCUGAAACCAAACGAUGAAGGACAGUACUGGUGUGCUAUAGAGAGACCUCUAUCUGAUGUCUACACUGAGAUUCGAGUAAAUAUCAGAAAAAUGGUCCAAGUGUCUGGUAUAAAAGGAAAGGAGCUGUCCAUCACAUGUCAUUACAAACAUGAUGCCACAGAUAAUGACAAAUUCUUCUGUAAAGGAAAAGACCCAUCCUUAUGUGAGACAUCUGGGAUCAAAGUUUCAUCUGAGAAACACAAACAUGGCAGAUUUUCUCUGAGUGAUGAUAUAUCUGCAAGAGAUUUUAUUGUGACCAUCACUGAUCUGAGAGAAGAGGAUUCUGGGAUAUACUGGUGUGGAUAUGUGGUAAAGACAAUAUUUAAACAAACGCAUAACGAGUGGAUUUCAGCAAUUGAUCUAAAGAUUUCUGAAGUCACACCAGGUACAUCAACCACAUCAAAGAGGACGUCACCUCAAAUAACCACAACAGCUUCCUUUUACAUCACUAAACCAGCAUCAGCAGAUCCUGCAUCAAACAGACCUGUCACAACUGCAUCAUCAUUAUCAACUUCAUCUUCAUCAUGUUUACUUCUCCCAUCAUCAUCUUCCUCUUCUACUGAUUCAUUCUCACCCAAACCACAAUCAGGUUUUACAAGUAUCAUUAUGCUGCUGGUUGUGGUCAUGCUGUUGGUGUUUGGAUUCUUAGUGAUUGUUUACAUCAGACGGAAACAAAAGAAAAAAGAACUGCAGUUCAGAGGAGCUGUUUGUUGCUCAAUGGAGAAUCUGCCCGAUGGAGAGAUUGGAAAAACUAAAGAAGGCACUCAUUCCAUCUAUGAUUAUGAAGAGAUCCUUCUGACAAAUGAUCAUCCUGAUUACAGUUUGUUUCAUCCUGUAUUUGGUGAAGAUGAUGCCUCUGUUUAUGCUGUAGCACAAUUACCCAGCAUCACCUCUGAUAGUGUCACUUAUUCCACCAUCAAAUUACAGAAUACAGCUCAUUCAGACAGAACCUCUCCUGAUGGGCAGACAACAUGUGACUAUGCAACUGUUAAUCCAUGAAAGACUCAUCCAUGGGUAACAGGUUGAUUAACAGAAAAACCAAUGCUAAGAUUUACAUUUACAUUGUAAUUUCAUUUUUUUUGUAAAUUCCAUCAAAACGAAUUGAGUAAUUUUUAACAAAAUAAAAAAAUAUAUAAUAAAGUUGUAUUAAUUUAAUUUUGUUAAAAAAAAAUAAAAAAUACACAAUUCAAUGACAUUUUGUUAUAAAAUUGAAAUGUGUAAAUCUUAAAAAUAAGCUAAAAUAUUUUUGAACAUAAAGCACACCAAACAAAAGAAUAUACACCGGCGACCAAAAGUUUGGAACAAUGUACAUAUUUUAUUCUUAUGGAAAGAAAUUGUUACUUUAAUUCACCAAAGUGGCAUUCAACUGAUCACAAAGUAUAGUCAGGACAUUACUGAUGUAAAAAACAGCAACAUCACUAUUUGAAAAAAGUCAUUUUUGAUCAAAUCUAGACAGCAGCCAUCACUCCAACACCUUAUCCUUGAGUAAUCAUGCUAAAUUGAUCAUUUGGUACUAGAAAAUCACUUGCCAUUAUAUCAGACACAGUUGGAAGCUAUUUGGUUCAUUAAAUGAAGCUUAACAUUGUGUUUAUUUUUGAGUUGCCACAGUAUGCAAUAGACUGGCAUGUCUUAAGGUCAAUAUUAGGUAACAAAUGGCAAAAAAGAAACAGCUUUCUCUAGAAACUGGCUAUACAAUGCUUGAAAUGGGCAAAAAACUGAAGAUUUCAUACAAAGGUGUACACUACAGUCUUCAAAGACAAAGGACAACUGACUCUAACAAGGACAGAAAGAGAUGUGGAAGUCCAGAUGUACAACUACACAAGAGGAUAUGUACAUCAGAGUCUCUAGUUUGAGAAAUAGACGCCUCACAUGUCCUCAGCUGACAGCUUCAUUGAAUUCUACACGCUCAACACCAGUUUCAUGUACAACAGUAAAGAGAAGACUCAGGGGUGCAGGCCUUAUGGGAAGAAUUGCAAAGAAAAAGCCACUUUUGAAACAGAAGCACAAAAAGAAAAUGUUAGAGUGGGCAAACAAACACAGACAUUGGACAACAGAUAAUUGGAAAAGAGUGUUAUGAUCUUAACCCCAUUGAGCUUUUGUGGGAUCAGCUAGAUUGUAAGGUGCGUGAGAUGUGCCCGACAAGACAGACACAUCUAUGGCAAGUGCUACAGGAAGUGUGGGGUGAAAUGUCACCUGAGUAUCUGGACAAACUGACAGCUAGAACGUCAAGGAUCUGCAAAGCUGUCAUUGCUGCAUGUGCACUAUUUUGUUAUCGACAAAGUGAAAAUGCGUAAGAAACAUUUUGAGAAAUUUGCCACCUUCUGCCUGUUUCCAUUCAAAUGGCCUUUUAUCGAUUUAUCAUAAAAAUGGUGUGUGUGAUGACGUCAUGCCUAAAAAACACUUUGUUGCAUACGUUUUGGUUUAUCGCAAAAGAAAUCUGCCCUUAAGCCGUUUUAAGCCGUUUCAAAACAGAAAUGUGUGUUUAUCACUAAUUGUGUACCUUUCGCCUCCCAGAUGUCUCCAUUUUUUUUCCUCAGAACUUUUGUUAAAAUGGGUAGAGUAUUGAGACAGUUCAUUGAAAUUAAGACAGCUUACUGUCAUUUUUCACAAAUAAAUGCAAUCAGAAGAGGAGGAAUUGCAAUCAAAAGGGAGCAGUUGCCCUUCUGAUAGGACUGUAAUACUGGUCCUGAUGUUGCGCCUAUCGUAGGUUGCCACCGGUUACAACCCGAAGGCGAAUCGUCAUGGCCCUGUUCAAGCUGGCGACCUGCACCAAGUAAUGGGGAAACUUUCGGACUUAGUAUAAGGACCAUCCAUCAAUGUGUAUAUGCUGUGUGCACAUCUAUUAAAGAAAUAUUGAUGCAGUGUAACAUCAGGAUUUACAUAUGAUACAUUCCUGAUAUUCAAUAGGCUAUUUUGAACAAUCAUCUAAUCUAAAGCAUCGCCAUCACAACUGCAUUACGUCCCGCAUAUUUGUCCAGCAACUUUUAACGACCAACUGAACUUCUUCAUCUAAAAUUAAAUUUAGCAUCAUAAUGCAAUUUACAUUUUCUGAAGAAGCUCAACAAAUGCGAUCCGAGGUAAAGAGGGUUCGAUUUAAAAUAUUUAAAAGUUUUAAAAUGUUCAAAAGCUGGUUUUCUGAAAGUGAACUCAGCAUUGGACAAAUAGUUCUGAUAGUUUAUAGCCUUGAAAAAAGUGUAGAAAAUGUAAUUCAGCUGACUUUAUUCGUCUACAGAACAGGGUAAGGCUAAUUUAAGUUUGUGUAAAGAAAAGGCAUAUAUAGUUCUAAAGAUUUUUUUUUUUUCAUUUGGUAAUUAAUUAUUUUAUUUAAUGCUUUAUUCGUUUGGUAAUUUAUUUAAUUUAAUACAGGGAAUUUUGCUGGCAUUUUUUCAAAAGUAUAAACAAUAAUUUAAUAUAAUUGUGUUAUAUGUUAAUGUUCCAAGCACACUGAAGCUUUUCUCCUAGUAUUAUGUAUUCAUUUUUAAUAUAAAUUAUCUUUGUGCACUGAAAUUAUAUGUUUUUUUGUAUUUUUGGCUAAUUCAAUGAUUGCCAUCUAUUAUUUUGAAUGGUGUGGAAAAGCAACUUUAAAAAUAAAUGGAUGUCUACCGCGAUUAAAUUAAUCACAAAGAGUGGCCAUUCAUUUGUUCUCAGUACACUUGUUGAUGACAGGUGCGUGAUAUGAGAUAUUUGUGUUGGCACUCCUGAAAGUGUCAUGUUUGCAGCAUCGGAUAUAUAUGCCGUUAAGAUCAAUCCAUAAUCACGUACAAUAAAUUGGCUUUCAAGGAUGUAUAUCUUGUUGUCAUGACUAUUAUUUAUUUUCUUCCCAAUUUCGGAAUGCCCAAUUCCCAAUGUGCUCUAAGUACUCGUGGUGGCGUAGUGACUCGCCUCAAUCCGGGUGGCGGAGGACGAAUCUCAGUUGCCUCCACGUCCGAGACGUCAAUCCAAGCAUCUUAUCACGUGGCUUGUUGAGCAUGUUACCGCGGAGACUUAGCACGUGUGGAGGCUUGACGCUUUUCUCCACGGCAUCCACGCACAACUCACCACGCGCCCCACCGAGAGCGAGAUCCACAUAUAGCGACCACGAGGAGGUUACCCCAUGUGACUCUAUCCUCCCUAGCAACCGGGCCAAUUUGGUUGCUUAGAUGACCCGGCUGGAGUCACUCAGCACGCGCCGGAUUCUAACUCGCGACUCCAGGUGUGGUAGUCAGCGUCUUCCUUGUCGUCAUGAUUAACACAGGCUAUCGAUUGGGGUAAAUUCUGUCAUGUGACACUACAUUUUUGCGUUAAUGACAAUUUUCUUGACAAAAAGUGUUUCCAAACCAGUUUUUCACGACAUUUGAAGUAUCGACAUUGAGUUUAUGCUCUAGAGUUAAACGGAAAAAUAUUAUGUAACAUAUAAAGCAAAAGUAUGAAUGUUUGGUUAAAUUUCACAUUGUCAUUUAUUUAGCCAUGAGUCCUUAAUCAGUGUAAAUAAUAUGCAUAAUGAAAAAAUUUGUUAGUUGACAAAGACAAUGCUUUCAUUCACAGUUAUAUUUAUUUUAUUUAAAAUCCUUGUGUAAGUUAUUGUGCAUUUGAAGAAUGACACAGACUUGUUGUGUGUAAAAUGAGUCUGAAGUGGGUUUUACUUUACAGUAAUGUUGUAGUAGGGAUGCAUGAACUGAUGGAGCGGAUUUGAAUAAUUUAUCCAUGUUUCUUUUUUUUCUUUUUUUUUUCGGCUGAUCAAGAAACCAUAAAGUUAGCAUGAAGUAUCCAUAACACUGCAGGAAAAAUAAGGAGAUAAAUAGGGGAUUUAUUAUAAUCCAUUAAAUCCCAAAUGUGUAACUCUACGGUCUACAGGACGUUUGUUGGGAGAAGUUAUUUUGAUGAGCGUAUACAGCGCCCAUCAGGUCGAAGGAAAAAGCGCGAUUCUAGAAGGGGGUCAAAGAGGUGAUGACGCAAUGACGCUGUUUUAUAACUGAAAGUAACGCGAAUCUGAGAGCAUUUGUGUUUAAUAUUUCCAAAUAAUUUUUCUGGUGCGUGCUGCCCUUAAGCAAUGUGAAAACCGUCCGUUUCUGUGACGUAGCAUUUUU